AUGAACCUCACAAUACUAAGGAGCGUCACCGGUCGAAGGAAGAGAAUGGGCGGCGCGAAUACAAACACGCCGGAAUGGAAGAGCCUCAACAGGGAGCCGAGUUGCGACACGCGCCAAGGAGCGGAAACAGACAUCGUCGACAAUGAUUGGCAUUUGCCGGCCCCGGCCUUCCGGCUCGGCGUUCGGUCACCGGCCAGACACGCCGCCACGGGAGACAAGCAGAGUCUCACAGACAUGAGCCUCGGACCGGCUGCCAUUAAUACCGCAGAGGAGCUUCCAGCAUGUUAG